AUGGUGGUGGACAUUGGGCGAGAUGAAGUAACAGAGAGUUAUGAUGCUAUAGAAUUUGGAUGUAAUGAUGAUAGGAAACACAUUCAAUUGCAGUUCAGAAAGAAGAAAUAUAUCAGUGAAGGUACUUUUGCCACCGUGUACAGUAUUAGAACGGUUCCCGACGAUGACAUAAGGGCUUUGAAGCGAGUAGUCAAGCUACCUACACUUACCAAUGAGUUGAAAAUUUUACAACGUUGCAACGGCCAUCCUAAUAUAUGUAAGAUGAUGGCUUUCUUUUACUCGCGAUUUACAAGCGAGCCAGAGAGCCAUAGCGAUAAGCAACUUUACCACCUGAACAUUCUAUUAGAAUUCUUACCAACCGAUUUACUCACCAUUAUUGAGCAUUAUAAGAAAGACGAGCAAUAUACGUUGCCUCUCUUGCACUGCAAAUUAUAUGCAUAUCAGCUAUUGCGUGGAUUGAAUGCUCUCCAUGGUAACAACAUUUGUCACCAGGAUUUGAAGCCAAGCAACUUGUUGGUCGAUCCUCGGUCGGGUGUAUUAAAAAUCUGCGAUUUCAGCAAUUCAUCCAUAUUUGAAAAAGCAAACGGCGAACCGUGCGAACACGUAAAGUUUGUUCAGGAUGUGUGUUCACUCUUCUACCGAGCUCCUGAACACCUUAUAGGAACCAAAUACUAUACUCUUUCUUUUGAUUUAUGGUCAGCUGGUUGUACCUUAGCCGAGCUGUUCGUGGGCGAGGUCUUAUUUCAAUCCGAUCCUGCAGAGCCACAGCCGCAGUUGAACGCGAUGAUGCAAGUCUUGGGGUGCCCUGAUGAGUCUUUGCACGACUUGGAUAGCUGUCAAUUCAAGUGCCAACAAUUGCUUCAGACAUCGUCGCUCAAAGAAUUCUUGCUGCGACGACAGGUUUCGGCUGUCCAUCUGGUGGGAAAAUUGGUACGAUAUACUCCAGCUUCUAGAAUGUCUGCAAAAGAUGCAUUAGCUCAUCCAUUUUUCGAGGACUUACAUCAUCUCGAGACAAACUUCAAGGAUGGGGUGCCUCUACCAAAGUGCUUAUUUGAAUGA